UGUUUUUUUUUUAAUUUCUGAUAAUGGCUAGAUUUUACUUAAAUUCGUUGUUGACUUUUCAGGUGGACAUAUACGAAUCAAGAUCUUUCAUUGGCGGAAAAGUCGGUUCUUUUGUUGAUAAACGUGGAAAUCACAUUGAAAUGGGACUUCAUGUUUUCUUUGGUUGUUACAAUAAUCUUUUUCGAUUGAUGAAAAAGGUUGGUGCUGAUAAAAAUCUGCUUGUGAAGGAUCAUACUCAUACUUUUGUAAACAAAGGGGGUGAAAUUGGUGAACUGGAUUUUAGGUUUCCAAUUGGAGCACCGUUGCAUGGAAUUCGUGCUUUUUUGUCUACAAAUCAGCUCAAGGUAAUGUCUACUAUUAUAGUUUCCUAUUAAACUGAAUCUUGAAUG